CAGAAUAUGGUGAAAAUGUGCUUGUGUCUAAUUUAUUAUCUGUGAACUAGCUUUUCACAGACGUCGGACACGUGCCAUCACUCUAUAAUACGAUGGACUGACAUCAAAUUUAAGUAUUUGAUAUAAUCACUGACUCACUAUGACCUACAACUUACAAGUAACAUCAUAAAAGAUGGAGGAUCUUCAAUUCGUGUACACUCAAAGUGCACCGCCAGCACAUCUGCCAGGAGCAGGAUCGCCGCUAGCUGGGUGCUUCUCGUACAUUUCACCGUCCGAUGCAGCAGUAGAUGGUUAAGGCUUACUAUUCUUGAAUAAGCAAGCAGGACAGAGAGAGAUGAGCUUUUUUUUUGUGAUACUUAUUAUUUUCUAGGUGCAAACUUUAGUUUCACUCGCGACGUUCCGUGCUAGAUCUAGACUGUGCAGAUGACUUACUGAUACUUGUAUUUGUUUCUCACACCUGAUACUUUUUUUUCUAAAAAGAUGAACUAGAUAGCACAAACAAAACUGAUAGUUGUAUUUCUAACACCCAGCUGCAUCGAAUCCACCGAAUGAGCAUCCUCUUCGACCAACUGCAAAACCUGAGUCACCGCCUAGUUUUGGGGAGGAGGCUGGUCGCAAUGUUGGAACACGUUUUAUUCGGCCUCGUGGUACAGGUGACAUUAUGGGUUGUUGCAAUUAGAUGACCUAGCCAUAAUAUUAAGUUGUACUUAUCUAUAACUUCUAUAACACGUUCGUUUCGGAGAAUUAUCGCUACUCCAACAUUGCCCUGUAUCUACUAGAACAUUUUUGCAGUAAAUUGAUACUGACGUUUUUCAACAGGCUGAGCCAUAGAUGAUAUGUGACGAGCACUGGCUACAAGAUGUCCUAGUACCGUUGAAAAAACAGCUUUGUUGAAAAAACGAGUUAGAAGACCACUUUAGUAUCGUCGAAAAGAAAAGUUCAAGAGUUUCGUUGAAUCAGUUAUACUGAUUGAAGUGGUCGUGAAAAUUGGCAACCGCUAAGGAUACUUCGGAGGAUCCUUUUCCCACGACAAAAGACAGCCCUCUUUUCGGUUCAGAGGACGACUUAUAUGCCUACUUGUCGGACGAUAUGCCCUACUUCAGCAGUAACUACCAAACCGACAUCGAUGAAGCAGGUACUACGGCUGUGACCAAAAUGGUGGAUGUGGGUGACGUCGCCCAUCCACCGGAAGCACGUCUUCUUCAAGAAGAUCAGGCCCCAAGGGUUGUUCUAGAAACUGGUGAUCAUGGAGUUGUUACAAACAUUCUUCAUCAGCAAGACGAGAGUUGUAAUGCUGUGACGCGGAGGGGGCGACAGGGGGAAGAAGAUCAGGCACCAAGAGUUGUUACAGUUAAGGUCAGCUUUUAGUGUCCAUCUUUCUCGGCAUCUUGGUGCCCUUUUGUUCCCCUGUAUUCUUCUCAUGAAUAUUACAAGGUGCAAGGGGUCAAGAUGAGGGGGCCGAGAUGCAAGCUAGCAGACUCUAACACAGCGCCUGCCCCAGGCGCUCCCGACUUUUCUCCUGGGGUGCAAUCUGUGGCAACCGUUCCCUUGCAUGGCAGUCCUGACAAUGUAGAGCAGACAUCUUUGCUGAUGCACGUUGGAGGCGAAACACCACAAUCAAGAAAAAAUACUAAAAUCGGCGAUCAUGAUACUAAUGACACAACUUCUCACGACUUCUCAGCUGCUAAGAACGAGCAUGAGCGCGCAACUUCUCACGACCUCUCAGCUGCUAAAAAGAACGAUGGUGGACACACUCCUAGAUGUUCUUCGGCAAGUAGAAGCCUGUCGCGCAGUAAGAGCUGUAGCGAGCACGCGUUCUUAGGUGGGACAAGGGAGUCGAAGGAGUCCUCAUCCUGUGUGGUCACGAAAGGAUUGCUUCCAUUACAAUUGUCCUCUAGAAAAGUGAAGCCGUCCAAAGAAAAGCAGCUUCAUGAAGAUGAAAACGACUUUCGUGCUUCUCUCAGUGAACAACAAGGGUCCACCGAGGAUUCACCCAUCUCGUCUGCAACAGAUAGAAGGAAUAGAGACAAUCUACCACAAAAUUUGGGUAAUGACCUUGGUCGUCGUGAUCAUCAUAUGCGUGUGCGUGACGAGGCCAAAACAUCUUCAACAAAGCCGCGAACUUCUUUUGAAAGCCAACGACCUGUUGCGGAAAGUCCAUUGCUGGCGACAGCCGAAUAUAAUCGACAAUUAGCCGAAAAUCUUAGAAAAAUGGUGUCCGUUCGUAGUGCACCGACUUUACGACCAGAGUUUCCAGCUUCUUCGCCAGUCUUCGGAGAUGGGAGUGCAGAAAGCAAAGAUGUAUUAUACUCGGCGUCAGGUUAGUGAUGAGCGUUCUCGAGCAGUGUCUGUAGCGCUGAUUAUAUGGUGCGGCAUCUUCAGUAAAUUGUUCUCAGUACUAGUAGUAGGAACAAGAUGACGUCGAGAGUAUGUUUAAUUCUUAUCAUUCUUGGUGGAUGCUCAUCAGCGUCAACCUCAAACCUCCAACAAGCAUUACCUCAAACAAUACCCAUUUCUCAUGAAAUUUCAGGUGCACCGCGUUCCUUCCACGACAUCUCUAUUACUGCCUGCUCCGGUGCCAGUGGAGGAUAAGACUGUGAAAAUUGGUCAGCGUGAUGAUCAAGCGCAGGAAAUGCCAAUUGAAACUUCUUUUUCGCAUGUGAUAGAGUAUGAUGAGGCCUUUGACGUGGACACCAGCAACAUCCUCUUUGAUUAUGGCGCAAUACAAUAUAUUUCUACGAGGCUUUUUUUUUGUAGUCACUUCAUCCAUGUUUAUCCAAAAUGGAAGAGCUUGCGAGACAUUUCUCACUUUUUCCUUCUUGGGAUUCUGAAGGAAUGAAAGCAAGAAGUCAAGUGUUUGGGCUCUAAUUUGAGGAUGUAACACAAGGGAAGUUGAUUGUAGAAGCGAAGGGGCACCAACAGAAUGGAGUAAUCAAGUCAACCUACAUCAAGGACGCAACAGACGAGAUGAGAAGAUCACAUGCGACACAUGCGCCGGUGAGUGCAACUUCGAAAGUUUCACAGUCUCCAGCUUCUGAGGAGCAUCAAUACCAUCUUCAAGAAACUACGACCUCUUCAGCAGGAAUUACGGCAGAUCUGACCACCACAACGGAGAUUCAUCCUGCGUCGGGUUCGGCUCCUACGGCCACUUCAGGUCCUCCGCCCACUUCAGACGUUGCCAAGAGUGAGCGCUUGUCAAGAGCUCCUAUGCCCACUUCAGACGGUGCCAAGAGUGAGCACUUGUCAAGAACUCCGAUGCCCACUUCAGACGGUGCCAAGAGUGAGCACUUUUUGUCAGGAGAAGAUGCUGAGAUUCUGUCCUUAGCGCUAGAAUUGGGCUAUGACGAAGCGACCGUGUUGGAGAACCUUGGAUCCCUAGACCGCCUGGCGAAGUUGGAGUGUCGGCAGAAUUUACAACGCUUGAAGAUCGAACUCCAGUUGCACAGUUACGGGAGUGAUUGCACGCCUAGGAGUGACGGAGGCAGCAGUGAAGCAGCACGCUUUGAGCAGACCUCCAUAACGCCUCGAAGUGACGCAGAGGAUGCUGGUGGAGUUGGGGGUGACGCACGAGUUCACGGCACUUCUAAGGAAUACAAGCAAGAUCUUAACCAAGAGAAUGUCACGAAUAUGCUGAGCUAUGUUUUCGGAGACCAGUCGCAUUAUCAACAUGUUGCUGCCACAGCUACCGCCACAACGAGAGAAGUAGACACGAAGGAGAUGAUUACCGCAGCUUCUGCUGGAAUGAUAGAUGCAGAUGCACAAGGACUAGAAAAUGGUAGUCGCGGAGGGUCAACUACCGCAGGCACUUCGUCCACAUCUUGUCCCGCCAACAUGCAGCUCAUUCCUUUAAGGCUUCUCCUAGUCUAUCUCGUAGAGCAUCCUAGAUCCACUUCUCAAGGGGAAAAAGGUCUCAGGAUGAUCCUCAGGAUGGAUUAGCGUGAGCUCUAAUUCCCUCUACAGCAGGUGGCGGAGGUGGUGCUGGACGGGUUAUCGGCACGAGUGUGACUACCUUUCGACCUUACAUUGCGGUCGUGCCGGAACCUCGUUACACGCUCUCGCCUAUCGCCGAGGAGAGUGUAAAUGUUAAGGCUCCUUCGCUCCAAUUUCUAUCUCCAGACGGAAGCAUUUCGAAGCUGUAGGGAAAAUUCAUAUGUCCAAAUCCGAGAUUAGUUUCUGCGUCUUGACCUCGGUCAUGAUCACAUUCAGACUCUGUCUCUACGGGUGCUACGAACAGCACUAUCAGGAGCAUAAACGUGACGUCUCAACAUGGAUUCGGGUGAGCUCUAAAAAUGACGAGUCAACUACACGUGGAAGGUCUGCAAGCGAGGACUCCACCACGCGAAAUAUUAGCCAUGUACUUCUUCAAGGAACGGCGGGUAGUUGUACUGCUGGUACUACUACUAGUACUGCUGGUGUAUCUACUUCCACUGCUGUUGGCGCAUGUGGCUCUGCUGCGUCUGGCUCUGGUGCGUCUGCUAGUAGUUCUUUUGCUGUUGGUGCGUCUCGCGCGUCAUCUGGUGUUAGUGCUAGAGGUGCCGCUGCUCUUGGUGUAGCCACGACGGGUGCAGCUUUAGAUGGUUUGUCAGCACCUAGUAUAGAUGAAGUCUAUAUUUCGCCUCUGGUGUCUCGUCAGCGGAUAACAUCGAGGAAAAGCGAGCAGGAGGUAAACCGGGACGCCAAGACAGCAGAGAGUGGAAGGAAGAAUAAAGAUGAAGUCGGGACAGGGAAGAAAAUAGAUGAAGUAGUAUUUGAAGAAGCACAUCCGCAAGAAGCACACUUGCGUCGGAGGGAAACGGAUACAACAGAUACUGCGAUAGAUAUCGACAACAAGCAACAGAACAAGAAUACUUUCUCACCAAAUCAUCAAAGAAACGUAAAAGUCGAUGCUCGAGGACAAGCCUCGGCGCAAGCUGUGACAUCAUCCUCAGCAGUGAAGUCAUCCUCUCCUGGUGGACGUGCUUUCCUACAAUGUCGACGCGAUGGCGCGAGCGUGGAAGAAGGGUCUCUAUCUGUCCGAUUGCCUGGCCCCAGGCCAAUAGUUGAUAACGACGCCGAGUCCGACGCCACGACGUCAGUUUCGACUGCGUUAGAGCGUGUACCUGCUGCGGUGGGACAUGAUCAUGGGCAGCCACCAGAAACAGCAGAAGUUCGCCAGCACUUAGAUCGUCAUCCACGUGCAUCCGAGACAUUGCUGCCACUUGCUCCGAAGUUCGAGCUGCGCACACCCUUGCCAGAGAAAGAUCUGCGUCCAACAUUGUGUAGUAGUCCGGAAACUAUCGCAGGCGAUGAGGUCUUUCCCAGGAAAGGGGAGGUAGAAGAAGAAGAGGCACCUGAUCAUACUGUUUUCCCAUCUGCAACAGGGAGUCGAGAGGAAGAAGGUCGUGGGGGAAAUGGACCACAGCACAUCCUAGGUGAAGAUCGUCAGGUGGAUCAAGAACAAAAGAAGAUUUUUCUUUUCGAAAGCGAGGGUGCAGCUAAUGCUAGACCAGCAUGCCUGUUAUCUUCACCCAAUGUCGUAGAGAUGGACGAGCAGCGUCGCCUCGCUAUGCUUGAGGAGAGCCGGUUGCAUCGUGAGGGCCGCAAGCUAGCGGACGUCCGCUUCGUACUGGGCGAGAAGGAGAGAGAACUGCGAACCCGCGAGCAGGAGAAUGCGGAUUGCAUGGGCCGCUUUCGGAGAGACUUACGUCGUGUCAGCGACGAGAAUAAGCAGUUGUCGCAAACGGUAGCGGAGUUGAUGGAGCAGCUACAGUCGGUGCAGGAAGAAAAUGCCCACUUGAUGGCGGAUCAGCGAAGAUUGCACUCGGUGAACACAACUUUGGCAGCGGGCAAUCAGGCUCUAGUGGAGGCAAAGGAGGUGGUGUACGAAAGUGGAGAUGACGCAAUGGUGGUACGAUCGUCGAAGGGGGUUCAUUUAGAGAAUCAAGAGGAGGACUUUCAUGCGCAGCUAGACGAUUUUGCGGCAUUGGAAAACGAAGAAGACAGUUUUACUGAAGCUCCACCUGAGGAGAGACUGCGUGUCGUGCAUCGAGAUGGCCGUGGUCAGAAUGAUGAAAGUAGAGGACCGCUUCGAGAAGCUAACAAACAGCACAACAAAAAGCAUAGCGAAGAACAUACAUCAAACUCGAAUUCUAGCAGGACAAAGAAGCCGCCAUCUUCUUCCACGAGGACGACGGCUGUGAAGCGGCGCAGACGACCGAAGCCAACCGGUGCGUCGCCUGUUGAUGCUCGGUCUUCGUCAGCUGCGGAUGAAGCUUUUUGGUCAGCUUCUGGGGAACAAAUCGAUUACAAAGCUCACGUUGAAGGUCGUGACCGUAGUCGACAAGGUCGUGACACUUCGUGUCAAGACGAAGUCCCCAAGGACGGCCGCCGUAUUGGUGAAGACAACAGAGACGAUGCUUUGUUGCAAUCUGACUACACUGGACGGCAAGUAGGCUACAUCCGCGGCCCCGCAAAAGUUGAGGCUGAGAUCAUCUCCCGAAGCAGUAGCAGCGCGUCCGUAGGCCCCCCUCGCGCUGUACCAGUUGUAGAACUACAGCCGUCACCGGAACCUUUGUUAGUAGAUCAUGUUAGCUACCGUCUGGACGCAAGGCCGGACACGAAAGACACAACAUUCCGUGUGCAGGAUCAUGUCCUAAAAACGGAUCCACCGAGUUGCAGUGUCAAUGUUUAUAAAAGCAGUUCUUCUUCUGGUACUACGAACGUUCAAGGUCCUCAAGGUGGAGCAAGAGAUAGUACUACGAAUUCGAAUGUUGAUCAUGAUGUUCAACAAGGAGUGACGACAUCAGGUCAAAGUGGAGUAAGAGGACUCAAAGCAUCACCACUGCGCAUCUCCUUUGUGGACCUCCAUCAGAUCGAGCGCUCGGCUGAAGAGACGAAGCCUGCGCUUCUAGGUGGAGAAAGUAGAGACCAAAGAGAUGCAACAACCUCUAAAUCCUCUAAACGGCUAUCGUCAUCUUCAUCAUCUUCUGGUCCGUUUUCGUCAGCUCACGCAGUUCAGCAACAGCCACCAGAACUGUCUCUUGCUGCAUUGUCGCCGGUAGAAGGAGGCGGCGCGUCGGAGGUUGUUUCUUCGAAUACUCAUGCACAGGAAGUAGAAGUUGACCACCAGAGAAAUGACGCUCGAAAUACACAUCAACCUAAAAAUAUGACAUAUUCCAGAAGAACAAGCACUUCUUCUAGCAGUGCAACUGGUGUGCUCAUAAAUGUGCCCUGGAAAAGUCGUUUAGAAACGCCAGACCGUCUGUUUGCUUCAACAGUGUCUUCGACGAUGCAAAAUUUGAAUUCCGUGACGCGCAUGAUCCCACCAUCGCCGGAGGGUGUGAGUCAAGUACUACCUACGAAAGAACCCACGCACCAUGAGACGAACUCUGUUGGUUCACACAACGUGGUUAGUGUUGUUCCCACGCACCAUGAAUUGAACACUGUUGGUGCACACAGCAUGGCUGUAUUAGCAAGUGGUGCGGGACAUCAAGUGGCACUUGCGAAAGAAGCCUCAGUUGCCACGCUGGAGCCAAGUAGCAGUACACCACCACGACGAAAAAUUGUGCGGUCCUCGGAGGAUACUAGAAGUACAGACUCAAGAAACAUCAUACUUGGUGCAGAACAGUUUCGAAGUAGUACGAGUACUAUCCGGCAACUUCCCUUUGUUCAGUCACUAGCGCAGUCACACGUCGAGAGUACUGCCUCGUGUUCCCCUGCUGCCGCGAUUCACUUUGAGGAUUUUGCGCCAAGACAAAGGUCAGGGAGUUUCUCUGAAGUUUUUUCCGUUCGGUCGCAAGAGCAGCAGAAUACCAGGGCUGCAGCUUCAAAGCCUCCACAUUGUUUCUACACUGGUGAGGCUGCUGCGUCAAGGCAAUACCCACCGGCUUCCUCUGCGUUCUCGAGUGCUGCUCCGAGUCUAAUGGUCGAUACACCAUUCACAAAUGUUAAGAGUCGUAGGUUUUUGGUGCUUUUUUUACCGUUAGUUUUGCCUCUCAUACUCUUAAGGGAGAAAGGCCCUCUUCAGGCUAAGGGAGAACAGCACGUCUGACAGAGGGACCGGGUAAACUAAAAACAACACCAAAACCUGCCUACCUCUAAAAUUCGCUCGCCGUGCGUCUUUCCACCAAGUGGUGUAAGUGGUAUGCAGAUAGGUGCUGAAACAAGUCCCCAGGCUGCCGCUUACGCAGGUGCGAUGCAGGCUCUACAGACGCUGAUAUCGAACAAGGACCUGUUGGAGGAACUGACUACCAAAUCCAAAAAUGGGAGUUCAAAAGCUUCAGUAGAACAGCGAGUUGUUCCCAAGGAGUCUAAAGCCUCGACACUAACUUCGUCAUCCGCUGUGCAUCUAGAGCUAAGUACUGCUGCAGAAGAACAAGGACAAGCGACCACUGCGAUAGAAAGAGUACAACAAACGACUGCGAUAGUAGAUCAUGCGGCACCACCAGCACCGCUUAUUUCAAUCGCAGCUCAUGCUGCCGAAUUGAUGCAGGCUGAGGACAACUCUGCGCGCUCUUCUGCCUCGUCUUCUUCUAGUAGGAGUGGCCGUUUCAGGCAGCGGAUACCUGCAACGAGCACAGUAAAUUAAGGGUGGGCUUCUAGAGGUGCUCUUGUUGCCGUCUGUUUUGCCUCUCUCUCCUAAAGGGACGAGAGAAAGCGUAAAAACAAACGGGAAACAGAAGCACCAAGGCUCUACCUCUAAGUAAAUCACGUGCGAACUUCUAGUUCUAGGUCUAGAGGAAGCAAACGAGGAGAGGCCUCAGCUGCCUCUUCUCGAUCCUGUGAGGGAAAGAAGGGCACUAGUGCAACUGGUGCAAGCUUCAUCUCCUCUGCUAGUGUUAAGGCUUGCCCUAAUCCAUCUUUGGAAGCAUCCUGAGGAGGCCCUUCAAGGGAGAAAGUGACGCAGGAUGCAGCUCGAGAUGGAUCGAUUGGGGUGCGCUCUAAUAGUAGCACUAGGUGGGCGUGGCCAGCACGAGAAGUACUAGAUGGGCGUGCAGUGGCAGUGGAAGGUGCAGGGACUGUGGAGGAUGCAAAACCGCAAAAGUCUCCUGCUCUUGGUCCUGAAGGCGUGGAGGCCACUUUUCUCGCGGACGAGACGAUCCUCGGAAUUAACGAUGAUUCGAGAACAUUUGUAAUUGAGCAUCAGCAGAAUAUUGAUGGAGGACCAGUUGUAGCGCAACAGCACCGGCCUUUGCAAAAAGAUCAAGAUGGGCAAUAUCCUCAAGGAGGUAGAGGUCGUACAACUACUUCUCGUAUUGACAGCACAAGUAGUCCUCGUCGUGGUGGUGAAAACGAGAGUAAUGCACGUGAAAAGGGUUCUUCGUCUUCUUCGUCUCCCAUCCACGGCUCCUGUUCAUCUGAGUUAGAAAAGGAACAUCAAAGGACCCGCCAUGCAACAGAUUCACAAUCAUCUUCACCCAGAAAAGAACAACAGACAAAACGACCACAGAUCCAUGAUGCAGAUGCAGCACAACAGAAAAGUCUAAGUGACGAGUCCAACCGUCUUCGCAUAUUGGAGGAUGAAAUGCGUCGACUGAAGGACGAAGCGGAGCGCGUGCGCAUGGAGGCGGAGCACGAACGGCGCCUGAGAGAGCAGCGGGAGGCUGAAUUAAAACGAUCUGAGAGGAUUCGAACCAAGAUGCGGCGUGAAAAUUUUGAACUAAAGGGUGUCUCUGGCAGCAACAGUGCUAGGACGAAAAUGACAAGCAAUGUUGUCAAUCUUGGCAGUGCAACUAGUGCAGCUAGUAGCUCAUCUUCGUCAAAGAUUCCGUUAGUGGGAGUGGUGCCACGAAGAAGGACGCUAGGAGAUGCCACGAGCAUCAAGUAUCUUCAGGCUAGUAGCACGUCAGUGGCAAGUUCUACGAUAGCUCUAGGAACGCCUAGUACUUGUCCGAUUGGGGAGACGCCAUCGUCAGAACCAGCUGCGGUGGAACAACUAGUUGUACUAAAUAGAUUUAUAUUUGCUUUACCAACCUCACGAAUCACAUGAAGAACUCGUAGGUCUAAGUUCUCUUCUCGUUAGGACCAUAGUCCUCUUUUUAGACUUUUAUUUAAUUCUGUCAACCCAGCAUCUACUUUUAUUGUGCUGUCGUGAACCUUCUGCAUAUGAAUUCUAGGUCGACGGAGCAACCCCUACGUCACCGACUGAGAAAUUCAUCGAGUACUCCUCACCGGUGAGAAAGCGGGAACGACGUCGGUAUAAGGAGUCGGGGCCGCCCAAAGGCUAUGAAAAGUCUAUCGCGCAGCUUCAGAAAGCAGCAAUGCACGCCAAGAAACUCCGUGAACAGAGGGAAUACGUUCUGGGAAGAGGAGGACCCGCUUGAUCAUCAUCAUGGUGUCCCAAUUAGUUCUACUAGCCUAACGGCUUGAUCCUGUAGGGGUAUAGAUUUUCCCAUCCAAUGUACAACAAGCACCAAGCAAACUAGCCAUACUUCUUGAUAACAUUGAAACCAGUCUGAAACGACUAGCAUCAUCAAAAAUGAAACUAGUGACUAUCGCGCUUUUGCAUGGUGAGUGAAAAGAUAAGAGAAAAUGUACUAUAUUUCACUGAGUCGAUUGAGAUUUUUAACCGUCCAGUUUCGAGAACGAAAUCUUUUGAUAAACCAAAUGAAACUAAGCUAAAGGUUGUAGCUGAGUCGAUUGAAAUCUUUGAUCUUGAGAAGUCUAGAGUCUUGAAAUCCAAAUCCAUCUUGCAUUUAGCAGAUCUGUAUUGUGCUGAGCUUGCCGAUGACCAGAUAGCUGACCUUGGUUCUGUACACUGAUCUCUGGAGGAAAAAAAUGUGAUAGGUAUCAAAUUGCUGGGAAGGGGCAGGCUGAGGCUCCUUGGGCAACCAAAUGCGCUUUUUCUGAUGGAUUUACUAAUACUAGAUAUAGAUUGGGUUCUCUAUGUUGAUUUGGAAAGUUUUCUACAUGUAAUGUACAGGAGUUGUUGCGUCGCGUUUUUUGUUUGGAUGCUAGCGCACGGCGCAACCACAACGCCUUCAAGCAAGAAUGUAACGCACACUGCGACCACACUAGCAAAAGCAAUGUCCAAUUAUUGGUAAUUCCUUCGUCAUUUUAGCAAAAUUUCGUCAAUUCCUGCGUCAAUAUACUCCAGUUAAUUUGCCUUGUCCUUUUGAAUAGCACCAACAAAACUUCGAUAUGUUGGUCAGUUUGUUUUUGCAAAGUUUUGUUUCGGUCAACACUCUUCCUGCCACCUGUCGAAAAUGAGUCAAUGUGGGACUAGUGAAAGUCUUUUUAUACGAGUUUGAUGGCGUCGUCCUGUG